AUGUCGAAGUUCCCGGUGCCGUUGAGAACCAUUGGUGGGCUCCGUCCAUCGGCCACCGCGGCCAUAUCAGCGGCUAACAUCGGUUUCACACAAUCGAGCCGCGCCCUCAGCACCGCCACAAAGAGCUCCGCUCUUGUUGGGCAAGUUGCUCGCCAAUAUCCAAAUGCAGCCGCUUUUAGCAUCAAGCAAGUUCGCCUCUACAGCAGCAACAACCUUCCGAAGCACAACCGAGUUGCACUCCCUGCUCUUUCACCAACAAUGGAACUCGGAACUGUCGUUAGCUGGCAGAAAAAGGAAGGUGAUCAACUCAGCGAAGGAGAUUUGCUUUGUGAAAUCGAAACCGAUAAGGCCACAAUGGGAUUCGAAACUCCAGAAGAAGGAUACCUUGCGAAGAUCCUUAUUCAAGAAGGAUCUAAAGACAUUCCCAUUGGAAAACUUCUGUGCAUCAUUGUUGAGAGUGAAGCUGACGUCGCUGCUUUCAAGGACUUCACAGACGAUGGUUCAUCCGCUGGCGGAGCUCCAUCUGCCGAAAAGGCUCCAGAACAACCAAAGAAAGCUCAAUCUUCUCCACCAGCCGCUGCUUCUCCACCAACUCCAAUGUAUCAAGCCCCAUCCAUCCCUCAGUCAGCACCUAUUCCAUCGGCAUCAUCUGGAAGAGUGUCUGCCUCCCCAUUUGCCAAAAAGCUUGCUGCUGAACAAGGUCUCGAUUUGAGCGGAGUUUCUGGAAGUGGUCCCGGUGGACGAAUCCUUGCUUCAGAUCUUUCACAGGCCCCAGCAAAGGGAGCUACUUCAACAACAAGCCAAGCUUCAUCUGGACAAGAUUACACCGAUGUUCCAUUGUCGAAUAUGCGAAAGACGAUUGCGAAGAGACUCACUGAAAGCAAAUCGACGAUUCCACAUUAUUAUCUCACUAGCGAAAUUCAAUUGGAUACUCUUCUCCAAGUCCGUGAAAAGCUCAACGGUCUUCUUGCCAAGGGAACAUCUGGACAAGCCACUAAGAUCUCUAUCAAUGAUUUCAUCAUCAAGGCUUCCGCUCUAGCCUGUCAACGAGUGCCAGAAGCCAAUAGUUAUUGGAUGGACUCUUUCAUUCGUGAGAAUCAUCAUGUUGAUAUUUCCGUUGCCGUCAGUACACCAGCCGGUUUGAUAACUCCAAUCAUUUUCAAUGCUCACGCCAAGGGACUUGCAACAAUCGCUUCAGAAAUUGUUGAGUUAGCCCAGAGAGCCCGUGAAGGAAAAUUGCAGCCACACGAAUUCCAAGGAGGAACUUUCACUGUCUCAAACCUCGGAAUGUUUGGAUCAGUGUCUGAUUUCACCGCUAUCAUCAAUCCACCACAAUCAUGCAUUUUGGCUAUCGGAGGCGCUUCUGACAAAUUAGUUCCAGAUGAGGCGGAAGGAUAUAAGAAGGUGAAGACCAUGAAAGUAACUUUGUCUUGCGAUCAUCGAACUGUCGAUGGAGCUGUCGGAGCCGUCUGGCUUCGUCACUUCAAGGAGUUCCUCGAGAAGCCACACACGAUGCUUCUCUAA